GACUCAAUUUGGUCCCUCAGGGUUAGUUAAAACCCUAAUCCCCAAAUUUGAAGGCCACAUUGUUCAGUCUACUCUCUUCUCGUUGGUGCUGUGUUCUUCUCUUCUCCCUCUCUGAAACCCGCCGGUUAUGGCUACCACGAGCAAUGCAGCUGGGAGCUCGAACAACCUACGAUCAUUUGGAAGCAUCAUGAGGAGAAUGAACAGAAACAGAGAAGCUCGUUUGCCAGAAUGGUGUGCCUGCGGGUCGAGACCGGUGCUCCGGUGGUCAGGGACGGAUUCUAAUCCAAGGAGACCGUUCCUGGGUUGCCCAAACUACAAUACCGUUGGGAAGAAAUGGUGUGAAUUGUUUUUGUGGGUUGAUAAAGUUUUGGAAGAUGCCAUGCCAUGUGAUGAUAGAACAAGACAUUCAGUUGAUGAUGAAGAAUGGAAGAUGAAGAUGGCUUGGAAAUUUGGUAAAUUAAAAGCUGAAUUUAGGGUUCUAAAAAUGGAGGAAAUUUUGAUGUUUGUGUUCAUGCUGCUGAUUGUAAUUGGUGUUCUUGUAUUAAAGCUGGAUAGACAGCAGGGUCAACUGUAUCUAACAAAAAACAAAUGACAUGCAUGUUAUAUGCAUUCCUUGUUCAUGUAGUUGUUCCUAUCCUUUUGUUUGAAAGAAAUGAAAAUUAAGGUGUUUGAUUAUAUGCAUA